UAUAAAUAUUCACUUUGAACAAACAUAAACACGAACACAAACACACAUAUAAGCACGAGUUCUUCUAAAAGAGACAAAAGCGAAUAGAAGGAAAAAGAAACCUUUAUCCUUUAUAAAAACAGAAAAGUUCGUCCUUAUUAGUCUAUAACCUUCUCCACUCGUAGGGUUCUUUACUUCUUUUUCUUCACAAUCUCUCUUCUUCACCACAAAAAGACUAGGGUUUUCGUGGGCUAAUAUCUAAAUGGGUAGAUGCGGAAGGAGCAACGACGGAGGGAUUAGUGGAGUUAGACCGUACGUACGGUCUCCGGUACCUCGCCUGAAAUGGACGCCGGAGCUUCACCAGAACUUCGUUCACGCCGUUGAUAUGCUCGGUGGUCAAUACAAAGCAACUCCAAAACUUGUUCUUAAGAUAAUGGAUGUAAAGGGACUAACAAUAUCACACGUCAAGAGCCAUCUCCAGAUGUAUAGAGGAUACAAGCCCACUCUUCUUGGACGAUCAGAGAGUUCAUCAUCUUCAAGAAGAAGAAGACAAGACAAUGAAGAUCAUUUUUAUGACAACUUGUCUGAACACGCAAGGAAUGAUUGUCUUUUGGGUUUUCACUCUUUCAACUUUAGAGGGCGGACUUCAGCUGAUAAUGAUGACGAUGACUUUCUCAACACCAUGAGCAUGGAGAGAACGAAGACAUUUGCAGGCAUUGGCGAGUCCAACAAAUUUCAGUCUAACCACUUUCUCGAGGUACAGAGAACGAAGAACAUUUGGGUCAACGAAGAAGAAGAAGAUUUAACACUGUCUCUAUCGUUGAAUCAUCCUCAUAAUUCUCAGAAACGUUGGAGAAGCAAUACGUCGUCGUCACUUAGUGAAACCAGCGAAGCAGUCUCGUCUGCUUUCAUUUCCAGGGAUUGUUUUGCUUCUUCAAAGAUUGAUCUUAAUCUUAAUCUCUCUUUUUCCUCCUCUUCUUCUUAGCUGAAUCUUUGUUACUUUGUUUUCAAUAUUAGUGUAGUGAACGUUUAGAUUUGUUUUAAAGCAGUGUUUUAGCUAGGCUUCUAGAUUUGUUCUCGUUCGCGAUGUUUUUUUGGGCCUUCGUACGUUGUCACGGUCGAUUUGGAGCCAAAGCAAUUUGAGUGGUUGUAAACUUAUGAUUAGAUUUGGUUUUCACAUGAAGCACUUGGAUUAC